AUGAAAAAACAUUUAAUAGGAUUUCUUAUGAACUUUUGGAUUUCUUUUUCACUUGCUUUAUAUUUUCACAGUGGAGAAAGAGAAGAGAAAUGUAUAAUUGAAGACAUUCCCAGUGACACGUUGGUAAUUGGGGUAUACAAAGUGCAACGUUGGGAUAUACAUAAACAAGAUUUUCUUGAAUCUGCUCCUGGUUUGGGAAUGUUUGUGACUGUCACAACUCCUUUUGAUGAGAUCCUCUUGUCAAAACUGUAUGGGCCACAAGGAACGUUUUCUUUUACAUCCUAUCUAUCUGGGGAGCAUACUAUCUGUUUACAGUCUAACUCUACAAGAUUUGUGGCAUUUGCAGGAAGUAAACUGCGUAUCCAUUUGGACAUUAGAGUUGGAGAACAUUUUUUGGAUGAAUCUGUUCUUCAAGCCAAAGACAAAGUGAAUGAAGUUAACUUUAGACUAGAACAUCUAAUUGAGCAAAUUCAUCAUAUAGCGAAAGAACAAAACUAUGAAAGAGAGCGUGAAGAAAAAUUUCGGAAGACAAGUGAAGAAACCAACAGCAAUAUUUUAUGGUGGGCUAUUGUACAAACAUUAAUCCUCAUCUCCAUUGGAAUCUGGCAAAUCAAAUCUCUCAGAGAUUUUUUUAUAUCUAAGAAGCUUGUUUAA